AUAAUUCGUGAGUGUUGUGAGUUUUUCAAGGUGACCCUGUAACCUAAUUUACUGUGACAAAAUGGCGGCUCUCAUGAAGACCAUACGGAGAUUAAGAGUCUCAAGUUUAAUCCUCUCAGUUUGGCAGCCCUCUCACCAAGCCAAGUGUCCCAUCCGGCUGUUGGCUGCACCCGUCUCCCGUUCAUUCUGCACAGCGCCUGACCAACCUACCUUUGACAGCAUCUCGCGCUACAGGGAGAGACCGUGGGAAUACCUAGAGAGUGAAGAAUAUAUUGAAAAGUAUGGGAGUCAGACCAUCUGGGCAGAUUACAGAAGGAACCACAAGGGAGGGAUCCCCCCUCAGAAAACACGCAAAACCUGCAUUAGAGGAGACAAAAUCUGUGGUAACCCUUGUCCAGUGUGCAGGGACCCAAAGAUCCAAGUGGACUACAGGAACGUGAAGCUUCUGGAGCAGUUCAUCUGUACUCAUUCAGGAGUCAUCCAUGACCCGACCCGCACCGGGGUGUGUAUGAAGCAGCACAAGAACCUGACCAGAGCUAUUGACUCUGCCAGAGACCAUGGUCUACUGCCUUUCCGGGUCCCCUUUGUGGAGUUCAAGAUGGAGGACUAUUCCAAUUCACAUGGUGCGGUGACCAAAACACCCCCCCCUGCUGAAGCAGGUCAGGCUGGGCCCUGGUACUCGUGGUACCAGUGGAACCAGCCCCCUGAGAAAGAGGUCGCCAAGGUGUGCCAGGUCUACCACAAAUACCUGAAGGAGGAGGAGCCCGUGGCUGGGCAGUGAACAGGAGCAGUGGCCGCAGGAGUGUCAAACCUCAAUGCGUUGUACUACAGGAUUUCAAAGUUUUACAAUCCAGUUGUACACCUCUACAGUGUUUUUCUGUGCUCCCUUUAUCACAGUGCAGUAAAUUUCUUACACAUUCUCUGAAGGUAUAGUACUGUAAAGCAGCCCUCUUUUCCAUCUUAGUCCACACCAAUUAGAGACCUACAUGCUUCAAAUCCAGAACAGAUUCCCAGACUAACACAGCAGAGAGGGCUGAUCUGGUGUCGUGCCUUUAGAGAUGUUUCAAAGUCGAAACAUUACAAAUGGAAAGUGAAUUUAAAACUGUAACGAUGGGGCAGUGAUUAAGACACCGAAAUAAAAUAAGGGUAGGAAACAGAUUUUAUAAUAUCAGUUAUAACGAAGUGCUUGAUCAGAGCAUUCAUCACAUAGUUGUGUAUUAUAUUUAUCAUCAGAUUUCAGACUGUGUAAAUUUGGUUUUGAUCCAUUAACACAAUAGAUGUUGCCAUUCUGAUUAUUAACUGCAGCAUUGUUUGAUUGCCCUUGUACAGCUCAGAGUUUUCUCCCCAAUACUAAAUAUGCAAAUAAAGAUUAUUUACAGCCUGA